AUGGACGAAACUCAGUUCACGGACAAUGCCUUGCAAAUCAUUAAGAAGGCUACUGAACUUGCUAAGGAGGGUUCCCAUUCGCAGGUGGUACCUUUACACUUCCUAGCUGCCAUGGUACCUACCGAUGAGGAAACCUCCACGAUGUACCUCAAGACACUUAUCCAAAGAGCCAGGUACGAGUGGCCUGACUUUGAAAGAAUUGUUAAUAGGCAUCUUGUAAGGUUGCCCAGCCAGACUCCUGCUCCAGACGAGGUGAGAUUGAGCUAUGCUGCUGGUCAGAUGCUCACCAACGCCACAAAGAUCAAGGCAGAGCAGAAGGACUCAUACGUCGCCCAAGACCACAUAUUGUUGGCUCUUUUGAGGGACAAUAGUAUCACUGACAUCUUUAAGGAGGCCAAGAUUAAUGUGGAUACCAUCAAGACCCAGGCGUUGGAGUUGAGAGGAAAUCAAAGAAUUGACUCCAGGCAAGCGGAUUCUUCUCAAAAUUUUGAAUUUUUGAGCAAGUACUGCGAAGACUUGACAGAGAAGGCCCGCGAAGGUAAGAUCGAUCCUGUGAUCGGCAGAGAAGAGGAGAUCAGAAGAGUAAUCAGGGUAUUAGCCAGAAGAACCAAGUCUAACUCGGUUUUGAUUGGUGAGGCUGGCGUUGGUAAGACCUCUAUCGUGGAGGGUGUUGCCCAAAGAAUCAUUGACGGAGAUGUACCCAGCAUUUUGGCCAACUCGAGACUUUUUGCGCUUGACUUGGGUGCAUUAACUGCUGGUGCAAAGUAUAAGGGUGAGUUCGAAGAGAGAAUCAAAGGCGUGUUGAAGGAUAUCGAAGACUCUAAAGACAUGAUUAUUCUCUUCAUUGACGAAAUUCACAUGUUAAUGGGCGACGGCAAGUCUGACGCAGCUAAUUUGCUCAAGCCAAUGUUGGCCAGAGGCGCCUUGCACUGUAUUGGUGCCACCACUUUCGCUGAAUAUAGGAAGCAUAUUUCGAAGGAUGGUGCCUUUGAAAGAAGAUUCCAAAAGAUCGACGUUCCUGCUACUACAAUCCCCGAAACUGUUGCUAUUUUGAGAGGUUUGCAGCCUAGAUAUGAAAUUCACCACGGUGUGCGUAUCUUGGACUCUGCGUUGGUUUCCGCUGCUCAAUUGGCUUCAAGGUACUUGACCUACAGAAGUUUACCUGACUCAGCUGUUGACUUGAUUGACGAAACGGCUGCUACAGUCGCUGUUCAAAGAGAUUCUAAACCAGAAGAAUUGGACAACUUGGAAAGAGAGCUUAAUUUGGUAGAAGUUGAAAUUAACGCUCUUGAAAGGGACAAGGAUGCCGACUCUGAAUCAGUUGAUCGCCUUGAACAGGCUAAGAGAAGAAAAGCAGAAUUGGAGGAACGUCUCAUUCCGUUGAAGGAGCGGUUCAAUGAGGAGCGGAAAGGUCACGAUGAGUUGAUCGCUUUGAAGAGAAAGUUGGAUGAGUUGGAGAUCAAGGCUCAAGAUGCCGAAAGAAGACAUGACAACGCUGCUGCGGCUGACUUGAGAUACUUCGCUAUUCCUGAUGUCAAAAAACAGAUCGAAGUAAUGGAGAUCAAGGUUGCCGAAGAAGAGUCUUCAAGCACCAUGUUGCAGAAUGUUGUCGGCCCAGAUAGUGUUGCUGAGACUGCUGCCAGAUUGACGGGUAUACCAGUGACGAAAUUGACUCAAGCCGAGAAUGCUAAGUUAAUCAACAUGGAGAAGGUUUUGUCGUCAGAAGUUGUUGGCCAGAGUGAAGCCAUUAAGGCGGUCUCUAACGCUGUCAGAUUGACAAGAUCUGGUUUAGCCAACCCUAACCAGCCAGCUUCCUUCAUGUUCCUCGGUUUGUCUGGCUCGGGUAAGACCGAGUUAGCUAAAAAAGUUGCUGGGUUCCUCUUUGCUGACGAGAGGGCAAUGAUCAGAAUUGACUGUUCUGAAUUGGGCGACAAAUGGUCCGCUUCUAAGUUACUUGGUGCUGCUCCAGGUUACGUUGGCUACGAAGAAGGAGGAAUUCUCACCGAAGCUGUAUUGAGAAAACCAUACUCGGUUAUCUUAUUUGACGAGGUAGAGAAGGCUGCCCCUGAAGUCUUGACUGUCUUGUUGCAAAUCCUCGAUGACGGUAGAGUCACUUCCUCCCAAGGUAAAGUUAUCAACUGUUCCAACGCUAUUAUUAUAAUGACAUCGAAUUUGGGUGCAGAAUAUAUCAAUGCAUCAAAGGGACCGAAGAUUGACCCUCAGACAAAAGAGUUGGUGAUGGCUGCGGUCAAGUCCCAUUUCAGGCCAGAGUUUCUCAACCGUAUCUCUUCAAUGGUUGUAUUCAACAGAUUGUCCAGAAAGGCGAUUGCAAAAAUAGUGAAGAUCAGGCUCAAUGAGAUUCAACAACGUUUCGCAGCCAACGGAAAGACUCUUCACUUGGAUGUCUCAGAUGAAGCUUUAGAGUACUUGUGCACACACGGAUAUUCUUCCGACUUGGGUGCCCGGCCACUUAACCGUCUCAUUCAAAGUGAGGUCUUGAACCGCUUAGCAAUCUUGUUAUUAAAAGGACAAAUCAGAGAUAAGGAAACGGCACGUGUUGUACUUGGGAAAAAAGGCUUGGAGGUUGUGCCCAACCAUGAGGCUGAAGACGAGGAAAUGGCAGAUGCUAUUGAGGACUGGGAAGAUAGCGAAGACUAUGACGAAGUGCCUGAUGAGGUACUGCCAGUCGAGCUUGAUUAA